AUGCGACAUCUAUGUCACUCAUGUGACUUUGAGAUGCUCUUAGCUGCUAAACCAAAUUGGUUCGACUAUGAGGUGAGGUUCACGCUUGCAGGAGGGCACAUCUUAAGAAGACCAGAUGAUGAGCCAAUAAGCAGUACAAGUCGAAGGUAUGGAAGGGGAAAGUCCAAACAGAGCAAUCAGAGAGAUAUUCCAAAGCCAUGGGACUGA